AUGUGGAACACCUCCGGUGCCAACUUCUCCUGCUACCAUGAGUCCGUUCUGGGCUACCGUUACGCUGCAGUUGUGUGGGGGGUGGUGGUCGCUGUCACAGGCACCGCGGGCAACGCGCUCACCCUGCUGGCCCUGGCCGUCCAGCCCAAGCUCCGCACGCGCUUCAACCUGCUCAUCGCCAACCUCACGGUGGCCGACCUGCUCUACUGCACCCUCCUCCAGCCCUUCUCCGUGGACACCUACCUCCACCUGCGCUGGCGCACUGGCGCCACCUUCUGCAGGGUCUUCGGGCUCCUCCUCUUUGCAUCCAACUCUGUGUCCAUCCUCACCCUCUGCCUCAUCGCCCUGGCCCGCUACCUCCUUAUUGCCCACCCUAAGCUCUUUCCCCGGGUCUUCAGUGCCAAGGGCAUGCUGCUGGCCCUGGUGAGCACUUGGGUGGUGGCCGUAGGCAGCUUUGCCCCUCUCUGGCCCGUCUAUGUCUUGGUGCCCGUGGUCUGCACCUGCAGCUUUGACCGCAUCCGAGGCCGGCCCUACACCACCAUCCUCAUGGGCAUCUACUUCGUGCUGGGUCUCAGCAGCGUUGGCGUCUUCUAUUGCCUCAUCCACCGCCAGGUGAAGCGAGCAGCCCAGGCGCUGGAUCGGUACAAGCAGUCAAGCGUCCGCUCCAACCAUGUGGCUGGGAUAGAGGCGACCCCCGGCCGUUUCCAGGAGCUGGACAGCGGGCUGGCGUCAGAGAGGCCCAGCGAGGGCACUUCGUCCGAGCCAGUCAGCUCUGCCACGGCCCACACCCUGGAAUGGGCCCCUUCAGAGCUGGGGGACCAGCACGGCGGGGAGGAAGCUCAGCAGAGGGCAGAGAAGGGCCGGCCAGGAGCACCCGCCCCGACCAGGGCAGCCCAAAGAGCCCCGAGAACUCAGGACUCCCCAUCGGAGUUUGGGAAAGUGACUCGGAUGUGUUUUGCUGUGUUCCUCUGCUUCUCCCUGAGCUACAUCCCCUUCUUGCUGCUCAACAUCCUGGAUGCCAAGGCCGAGGCUCCUCGGGUUGCCCACAUGCUCGCUGCCAACCUCACCUGGCUCAACGGUUGCAUCAACCCCCUGCUCUACGCGGCCAUGAACCGGCACUUCCGCCAAGCCUACGCCUCCCUCCUGAGACGAGGGCCCCAGAGUUUCCGUAGGUUCCACUAG